AUGCCGAAUAAUAAGAAUAAUUUGGUAAUGGUGCUCAUUCCGGUUUCCACAAUCGUGGGCAUCGACAUCGAAUGGAAAAAGCCGAAGACCUUCGUGAGCGCCGCCGAAGAGAAAAGGUGGAUGCAGAAGUCCCGCAAGGAGGCAAUGGAAAUCAAGAUGGAUCUGGAGAUUGGACGGUUGACACCGCAGGACUUGCCCGGCAGACUUAUCUUGAAGCCAAGAACAGCUAAACUUCCAAAAGGCGAGGCCAAUAGGUUUAAAACGGAGUUGGUUGAGCGAGAGGCUGCUCUCUACGCAGAACGCGAUCUCGUCAACCUGUUUGUGCGGCUGGUGAAAUUUUUAAGAUCUUGGGAACCGGAACAGGUUCACAGGAUCCUUGGUCAUAUUAAGAGGAUGAAACUGUCCAGAUUGAUGCUACUGCGCAAUCCUGACUGCGUUCACAAGUUACGAGAUCUUCGUGACUUUGGUGGCGAUGUGGAGGGGUUCAAAGAAGAAGACAUGGCCAUUCGCGAGAAGGCCACCGCACUAUACGACCAUUUCAAGAAAGUUUUCAAUGCGGAGCCAGGCUCUGAUGACGAGUUCUUUGAGGACUUUUUAAAACAAGUCGAUGUCUUUAAGUCCGUCACGAAAGAUAUGAAAAAGAUAUUUUGCACCACGUUGAGCGAGAAGGGCUACCAACGCCUUCUGGACACUAUGGACGCGGCGGCUAAUUCUGACAAUAAUGAAUAA